AUGGCUGACAGCGGAGAGCCCCCGGCGGCCCCGGCCGCGGCCCCUCCGGGCUCGCCGGCGCAGAGGCGGCGGCCGGGCGGCUCCCCCAGCGCGGGUGGCGCCGGGGCGGAGGGCGCGGCGGCGGCGGCGGCCAUGCCGCGGCUGCCGCUGGGCGGCCCGGGCGGGGCAGCGGGGAUGUCGCUGCCGCGGCUGGAGAAGCCGAUCAAGCAGGCCUUCUACAACACCGGGGCGCUGCUGUUCGCGGGGCUGUGCUGCGGCGCCGCCGUCCUGGUCUACUUCAUCCUGGAGGCCUUCCUGCGGCCGCUGCUCUGGGCCGUGCUCUGCGGCACCUUCCUGCACCCCUUCAAGAGCUCCCUGACGGCGCUGGGCCGCCGCUGGCUCGGCCGCCUGCACCGCUCCCGCACGCCCGUCCUGCUGGCCGCCCUCCUCCUCCCCAUCUGCUUCGCCAACUACGGCGUGGAGGCGCUGGGCGAGCAGGUGCUGCGGCGGCGGCGGCUCCUGCUGCUCCUGGGCGCCGGGGGGCCGCUGCUCUACGGGCUCUACUGCCUGGGCAGCUCCCUGGGCGUGCAGGUGCUGCUGGCCCAAGCCGCCCGCCUCAUCUGCCAGGGGCUGGACUACUUCAGCAGCCAGUGGAUAUGGACGUUGGUGGUUGGUUACCUGCUGAUGGUUUCAUUCAAGUGGACUAUAAGCACUGAACGUUACUUAAAAGCAAUCUCUGUCCCUGUCUGGAUUAUGCUGCUCUUUCACUUAGCUUCUGUGGCAGGUUCCUGGAGAAUUCCUGUGUUUCUGGUUAUAGUUGUUCUGAUGACUGUAGGCAUGUUACACGAACAGCAGAAUGGAAAGGAGUCUUCUGGGGCAGAGCUUCCUGGUCAGAUGAUUUCCAUUGCUGCUUCAACAAUUGCCAUGGCAAUUUCAAUGACGGAAGAUGAGUCCAAUAAUAAACGUUCCUCACAACCCUCAGGAUCAACAGAAGGUGAUCAACCUCCACAUGCUUCAUCAUCUUUCUCCUCCUCUUCAUCCUCUUCUGGGAGCAGACAAAGACCUGAGAUUGGAUCUUUUCUUAGAAAAAAGAAAACCAGUGAUAUUUACUUUGUUACACUUGUGUGGGCCAUUGUCAUUGUCCAGAUCUGGCUAAAUUUCUGGAUUGUGCAGCUAUUGCCAGUGCCUUUUGCAGUUUGGGCACUUAAAAAACUUGUGCUUCAUUUCGGAGUUUUGAACUUCAUGGCAAACCAUUGUAAAAGUUGGUGGCAACUUGUUGAAAAUUUUGUGAAGGAACGUCAGGAAGCUCUUGCUCCACGGCCUAUCAGAGGGCUUGGAAGAGUCAUGCUAAAGCUGGACAGUAAGCUGUGGCACUGGCUUAAUAAGAAGAUGAUCGUGUGGUUGGAGAAAAUGCUAGAUAAAAUAAUCAGCAUUUUCAUAAUAUUUUUGCUAGUGAUAGGAACCCUUCUGCUAGCCCUGCUCCUUACUGCAAAGGUACAUCAAGAGAGUGUUCACAUGAUUCAAGUCACAAGCAGCUUGAUCAAUGAGACAGUAGCCAGUCACCCAGAAUGGGCAAACUGGCUUCCAGAAGCCCAGGUUAUUCAGAAGGCACUCAAUUCAGCAGCUAAUAAUGUAUACCAAUAUGGCCGCGAAUGGAUUACACAUAAGCUCCAUAAGAUUUUAGGAGAAAAAGUGAAUAACACUGCUGUGAUUGAAAAACAAGUGCUGGAGCUCUGGGACAGGCUUUAUCACUCUUGGUUUGUGAAGAAUGUAACACAUUCUGGAAGACACAAAGGACACAAAUGGCACAUAAACCGUCAAAACAGCUGGCUUGGUGAUAUUCUGGACUGGCAAGAUGUUGCAUCAUUUGUUCAUGAUAACAUUGAAACAUUUCUUUCGAUCCUGGAGUCUCUGUGGAUAGUGAUGAGUCGCAAUGUAAGCCUCUUGUUUACUACAGUUACAACAUUAGUGACAAUCCUCUUCCAUAGUGGGACAGCUCUUCUCAAUUUUGUGCUUUCAGUGGUGAUUUUUCUGACCACUCUAUUCUACCUAUUGAGUUCCAGUGAUGAGUACUACAAGCCAGUAAAGUGGGUUAUAAGCCUGACACCUUUGUCUCAGCCAGGUCCCUCCUCAAAUAUAGUUGGGCAAUCUGUGGAGGAAGCAAUAAGAGGUGUAUUUGAUGCUUCCCUCAAAAUGGCUGGGUUCUAUGGACUCUACACUUGGCUGACUCACACUAUAUUUGGGAUUAACAUAGUCUUCAUACCAUCUGCAUUAGCAGCAAUCCUUGGAGCAGUGCCAUUUCUGGGGACCUACUGGGCAGCCAUCCCUGCAGUCCUAGAUUUGUGGCUUGUGCAAGGACAGGGAUGCAAAGCCAUUUUGCUCUUGGUUUUUCACCUCUUGCCAACCUAUUUUGUAGAUACAGCAAUUUAUUCCGAUAUAUCAGGAGGUGGUCAUCCUUACCUGACAGGUCUUGCGGUAGCUGGUGGAGCAUAUUACCUGGGACUGGAGGGAGCCAUCAUAGGACCAAUUCUACUUUGUAUACUUGUGGUUGCUUCCAACAUAUAUAGUGCCAUGUUGGUGAGUCCAACAAAUUCAGUGCCCACUCCAUCACAAGCAGCAUGGCCAUUACAGAUUUACCGGUCAUCCAGAGAGAGUCCAGAGGAGAUGAAGAUGGCUGCAGAGUGAUGAAGGUGCUGUGCUGCACCUGUUCAACAUGAGAGCAUCGCUGUCUUCUGUCUUGAGUUCACAACAGCCAUGGCCUUCUGUCCCUUUUCAGCUGUGCCUAGGGGCAGCUCACAGGGAAGCAUAGCGUGGGUUUUAGGAGAAACCACUUCUAGAACAUCUGCUGGCCUUACAUUACUGUGCACUUUGCCUCUUCAAGAGAGAAUGUCUACUUCCCAUGGCUUUGCAUAGUAACACACAGUUCAGCUGCCUUGUUGAAGACCUUGAAGACCUUCUGUCUUCAUAAAAAGAAUGGUUAAGAGGACAGGUAUAUCCACUGGAGUCAUUAUCUUCUCUGCUGAAAUUAUUAACUUGGCUUUUAUUUAUUGGGUUAUUUGUGUUAUUAAAUUGUAGUAGCUUUACAGAAAGCUAAUUCCAAAAUAUUUAUUCUCAGUUCAUCUGGUGGCAAAAAAGAUGUAAACCACUCGUUGUUAAAUGAAAGUAGAAUGUAAUUAUUUGCUGCUCCUCAAGGUAUUUCUUUAGAGGCUUUGACCAUCAUCUGUAACUUAUAAUAACAUUUAAUUAUUAUCCUUUUAUACACACUGAAACUUAAUGUUGUUGGAGACUGGUAUUUCUAAUAUCUUCCGGAAAUUAGUAGACAUGCAAAUUGUUAAAUGUAGGUUUUCCUCAUACUGAAAUAGGAGGACUUGUUUAAAUAGUUUAAAUCUUGCCCUCAUUUGCGGUGAAAUCUAAUAGUAUUUUGCUGUUUACCCGCCAUCCCAGUGGAGUCAUCCUGUCAACUAAAUUUAAUCAAAGGCCUUAAGUGUUUUCAGGCAGGGGUAAUGUACGAUUGUCACAUCUACUUCCAGUAGUAGGAAGAAGUUGAAUGGGAAUUGUUUAAUGUUGGUUUUCAAAUGCUGUGGCUGAGUUCAUUUAACUUUUCAAACAAAUUUAAGUUUAUUUCCAAAGAGGAAGGGGAGAGAGCAUGGAUUUUGUUUUAGUUUAAUUUCGUGUUUUUUCCCCUGCAAGGCUCUAGCCAAAUAUCUUAAGAAGAUAUACCUUAUAUACUAAGAUAUAUCAUAAUAAUAAACAGAGUUCUUGAUUUCCUGAAGUGUGUUGCCUAGAUCACAGCAUCAAACUACUCUAGUGCUUUUCUUCCAUACAUAAUUUUGCUUAAAUUGCAGUUUUGGUGACAAUUAAGGCCUUUUGUAUUGAUUGUUGAAAUACUUUGACACAAUGGAUCUUUAUAAAUGGAUCCUUUUUAUAAAUAGGAAGUGAGUUUUUUGGUAGAAAUUUCAUUCUUGAACAGCUUUUCCACAAAUACAGUGAGGCCCUAGGUACAAAGUAGCAGAUGCUUAACCAAAGAACCACCUUUCAGUUUCUAGUAACUUCUCUUGAAUUUAUUUCAGAGUUUGAUUGAUAAUGAGUUAUACAAAAUACAGGCAUGCCUUGCAUUUAUUGUUGACAGUAAUGCAACUGUUGGAACAAAAAUCUGUUCUUAUCUAGGGAUAAGAGUAAGGUUUGUGUACAAACAGCUCUCUUAGAUGUUUGUUUUACUUGAGUUGCAGAAGUGCUGAUGGAUUUGGAAGGCUCCUAUUUUCAUGAUAUUGCAUGUAUUUUUACAUUGUUUCUAAAACUACAUUGCCAUAGAAAGUGAUUGGAAAGUACUUUGAUACUUACUAAGCAAGAAAGUCCUGGUAUAGGUUUGCAAUAAACAGGCUGCCUAUUAAGACACAAAUAGCCUACUCCUCAGAUUCUUGAAAUUAGCUGCUGCUGCAAUUUUACUGAUAAAAUUUUGUGCUUAAAUGGGGGGUUUCAAGCAUGCUGAUUUUGCACUUGCAAACUUGCAGGUAUGUGUUUGGAGGACAGACUCAGGCUUAAUUUAGUUGUUUGACUCAAGUUCAUUGUAACACAGAAACAUCCCAUUUAAUAUUUUAAAUUCUGAAAGACCUACACAUCAGUUCCAACUAACUGAAUAGGAAGCAUGUAUUGCUUGAAUUAAGCAACUGUCCUGUGUUUUAAUUUCCUUGGUUGUGUGGAUCACACAAAAUAUUUAAUGAAACACUUUUUUUGUAGUUGUUGCUGGCUAGGGUGGAGGAUGACAAAGAAGCUGAGGCUGUACCGAAGCAACAUUCUAACCAGCCUGAAUGAAACUGCCGUGGUACUUGGGAAACUUCUUGUAUUACUUUUUUUAGUUCAGAAUUUUGCACUGAAAUGUUGUGUUCUCAUUAUAGCUUCUUGUAGACAGCAUUUAAAGAAGAUUACUGGCAAGAAAUACGCAUCUUCAAUGUAUUUCCAGUUUUCCAUUGCUCCUCUUUACUCACUGGUCAAGACAUUUCUGUUGUCCACAUUUGCUAUCCCAGUUAUUUCUGACACAAUCUUUCAGAAUCCUAUGGCACUCAACAUAGUCAUUUUGAAGUCAUUAUAAAACAUUCUUUUGUUUAAGUUUUCCUCUUCUUCCUCCCCCUUCACCUGACCUCCUUAGAUUGAAGAAGGGUCUCUGCUGUGAAGAUUAAAAUGGUAUUUUAGACACUGUUAUCUUCAAUAUGGCAAAUCAGUAAAAUCAGCUGAGAAGAUAUAUUGCUAUUUUGAAAUGUUCCUUUCCCAAUGUGAAGAAAAAUCAUUUUGUAUAGGGAAUUCGUAUCUGAUACAGUCUUGUUAGUUUGCACUGCUUUUAAAUCAGUCUUCAUAUUGAUGCAUCCUGUUUCAAAUUCAGCUAAGACUUGCCAUGAAGAACCAUCCGUAGUACAGUCUUUCUCAGUAAAUGUAGCUUAAGGAGCUCAUGCUAUGUGCCAUGCCUGAUUGAGGAACCAGUUGUAUGGUUAAUUGGUGGUACAGUAACAGUAUACUGCCGGGGAAAAAAAA